UCGUAGAACGAUAUUUGAGAUUUUCUUCCCCAUUUCAUGCCUACGUUUUCUAUCUAUCUUCACCUUUGAAUGUCUAGAAGUUGUAGGUGAAAGUGGGAAGCAUGAAUGACGACUUAGAACUUGAUGAAGAUGGUGUCCAUGGAGCAGAUCGAUGGGUAACCAGCUGGGAACAGGAGUGUCUGACUGAAGUCGCCACCCAGCCAAACAUGGACGAGAUCUUGCAUAAUGAACGGGACUUAGCUGCUCAGAAAUUGUGGUUACAUUUUCAGAACAGUGCCACAGCAUUGGCUCAGAUGUAUAAAGAUCGAACACAGGGGAAUGCUUACUGGGUGCCUUUUCAGAAUGCUGCAGGUGCUAUUACAUUAAUGUAUAAAGAGAGCAUAGACUGUCAUAGAAGGGUGGCAGAACUAGGCGUACAGGCAGGUAUGCAGCGUCGCACAAAGGAGCUUCUAGCAUGGGCACAGAAACGACGGCGGCACAUACGAAGAGAAGACCUCGUAGCUUUCUUAACAGGGAAAACGCCCCCACCACCAAGGUUGAGAGCAACGCCAAGGAUGAUGACAGUAGAUCGAGGCUCAUCUCGCAUUCCAGUGCCAGACACAGUGAUACACAACCCGACUAAUGUCGAGCAUGAUCUUCACACGUUUAGGGAAGCACUUGAGAUUCAUGGACUGAAUGGUGCCAUGUCAGAUAUCAGCGUUGGCUAUGGUAGUCGCCCUCACACCCCAACCAAGUCACGCACUCGCACGUCAGAUCUAAACGCAUUCAUCACAGAAGAACUGCAGAGGCACACAGAAGCUAGGAAACGGGCAUCAUCAUCACCUGAUGUAGCCAUGGACUCGCCGACACACAAACGCAGUCGGCUAUCCUAAUUCCUCCUCUCCCUCAUUUAUACGCUAAGGGACUCGAAAUCCACUGUGAUGAUUUUUCAGGUGGCCAGCAGUUUCCUAUAAAAUGAACCUUCACAUAUAUAUGCAUUCUGUGAAAUCAUAAUAUUGUUUUUGUGAAUGCAAGUGCAUUUUGGUAUUCUGAACGUUUUCGCUUUCCCUAAUGGCGGCACGUGACAUUUAUAAAUUUAUAAACACCGUACUGCUUUAGCCAGUCAUCUGAAAGCCUUCCACUCUACUGUUGUAAGUUGUCUGUGUAUAUGUACAUUGUCUUUCGAUUAUAUAAUAUGCCUAUCAUGGACUUCACUGUUUAUUGUACAGCAUCUGUUAGAACAUACUUGAAUGGUUAUUCGUAGAUACUUGUGCAAGGGCCUCUGGAUUCGACGGCUGGAAUUGGGGCUCGUUUAGUGGCAGCUGGAGAAUGCUGGGUGUAUAGUAAUUUAGUUUAUCAGUUUAGCUCAAAACUACUCUAACAGCAAAUUAAAAUAACUCCUUGCUCUAUGAAGACUGGACAAGGUUAUUUAUACAGCAUGUCGGGAGAAAGGUUUUUAUAUCAUUAUCAUUCUUGCAAUUUCUUAUGUAUUUGUCUUUGUUGUAUGGACUUGUUACAGAUUCAUUGGAUACUGGCAGGUUGAAUGACAUGACUUCAACCCGCAGGCUCAUCUUUACAUUCUAUUUUUACUUGUGACCUGACAGAAUAUUAUUAUACUGUGGUUUUCGGUGCUAGUGGCAGUUAUUAGAAACAUACAUAUUGAAAAAGAGGUUUCUUUCACAAUUUAUUUUGCUGUUGGAAUAGUUUUAAGUAACCUGACCAUUGUUUUCCUUAUUAGGCAGGUUCUGUUGUAUUUAUGUAGCAAUGUAUUUGUAAGUUAUUAGUAUUGAGGAGGUAGAUUGUUAUGUAUAAAACAAUGGUUGUUACUACUGGCAGAUCUGUAUUCAGUUGUGGGGCAGUGGGAGGGCAGGUGUUUUUGUGUCAAUCUAUAGUGUUGUACCAUUACCUCUGGACGUUAUUUUAGAUAAAAUCACGAGGUUGCUGGUCAUGCUGUUAGGCAUGAGUGGGCAGUAAACGGAGUGGAAUGUUCUGGUACGUACUUUUCCUGGCGUUUCGUAAGAUUAUAUACUUCUGUUACCUCAUUAACAGCUGUAUAAAUUAAUCUAUCCCAUCUGCAAAUGUUACACAGAUUUGUUAUCACUCUUGAUUUCUUGCGCCUGGAAAUUGUCCCCUUUCCCACUUUAUGAAUGAUUCAAAAAUAACACUAAUUGCACACGAAAAAUCCUGCAGCACCAUAAGAUCAAGAGCGCAUUAAGAAGGGCUUCUUAAUACGCUCUUGAUAAGAUGCACGUGUAUAUAGUGAUGGUUUUCUCCAACAUAUCAUGGUUGAUGUUAUUAUAUCAUGUGUACUGGCAUGCCCUCUCUUCGCUAUGUUAUAACAAGAACCAGGGUAUGAAUUUCCACAAUGUACAGGUAUAUUUAGUGGAAGGAAUUUGGUUUUGUCAUUGCUUGAAUACUAUCCGGUUGGUAGAAACUCUGAUAACUUGUAUGGGUCAGCGUUGUAGUUGGUCAUGCAAGUUGAGCAAGCCUUUAUGAACCCCUGUAUAUUCGUUACUAUAAACUCUUAUACCAUAAUACGUGUCCAAAACUCUCAUAACUAAAAUGCGUAGCAAUUGUGGAUGGUCGCAGAACUGCUGAUCGCAUGCUAGUCUGUGUACAGCGUGUCAUGUGUAUUCGUUCCAUUGAGUUACGGUCGAUAUAGGUUUCAGGAGAAGUGUGUUUGUGUGCGUGUGCGUGUGCGUGUGUGUGUGUGUGUGUGUGUGUGAUAAAAUUAACGGUGAUAUGUCUCCUUUAUAAUUUGUGUGUGUGCUAAAUCUGUUUAUCAGUACUCGUAUACAUUGAAAAAGUAUCAUGGCUUAUAGGAAUAACGUGCACUUGGUGAAGCAUAGCCCUUACAUCAUGGACAGUUUCACUGCAGUCUUUAUUAUAUUUGUGCUUUAUAGGUUCAUGGCCGUAGCUUGCGGGGGCAAGGAGGCAAUCCCCCCCCCGAGAAGUGCAGAUAAAUUACAGAAUUAAUGACGGUAACUUUCCCAGAACGCAAACCACACGUAGUUUUGCCCCCACCCCAGGCAAAAUGGAUUAACUACGCUCUUGGGGCUCCUGUAUUGUUUGUUCUCAGUGUUUAUAACUGUUUGAUAGCUAGCAAUGCUACAAGAAUGCCGAGUUUGUCUAAAUUCGUGACCCAUCCGUUUAUACCUUUGGUGUAGAAUUCCCUGCCCGAAAUUCUUUCGACAGAUUCUAGGAAGGAAGGCCAUGUGUAUAAGCAUACUAGCUGCGGGUACCCGCUGCGCUGGGUAAAAUCGUGCUACUAAUUCAUAGUACUAAUAAUGGGACAGAAUGGGGGAUUCAUUAAACUAGUAUAACAGGUAUGGUUGAACGUUGCUGAUGCAUUGCGGUAUCUGAAUGGAGGUGUUGAUAAUGGAGCUUAACAGAUUGGUUUCAGGCACCCUUCCCAUGUUAUCUCACGUUUAAUGUAUUCAGUAUUCAGCAUGUAGCUCGGUUUACGAAUAUCUGGUGCCAGUUCUAAAUGAGUUUCUUCUACCAAACGCCUGUGUGCGUGGUAAGGGAUAUAGGGAACACGAGAAGAUGCGUAUCGUCGGCGACGCAUUGUCAAAAAUUUAAAUAGGAUCAAAUAAUGUACGUUGCGGACAGAAAAGGCAGCAUGUGCAAAAUGCGUGAUCCUGUUACCAAAGGCCCUGUAGUUAAUUUCUAGAGCUAAUAAUACAUGUAUUUUUAGCUCUUGUUUAUAUCAGUUACAUGUUCUUUGCUGUUACGCAUUCACAUGACUGCAGGCGAUUCGGUGCGGUGAACGUAUUGUUCAAAAUGACGCUUUCAGCUGUGUGUAGUGAAACAUCUUUACAUUUGCAAUACACAUUACUGUGCUUCUAGUGCUGAGUUCCAUCGAUGCACGCAUUUGUGUAAAGGGCGUAUAACAAUCGCCAUUAAUUGUGCAAAUUGCAUGCCCCCAUCUUUUUGUUGAUCGUAAGAUGGUGGCUGCUCUGUAAAUUACCUUCUCUAAUGAACCUGUAUAUUCAUUCAGUGGACAAAAUAAAUAUUAGCUUCUCAACAAAACCAA